AUGUCGGAAAAUGCCCCUCAUCCUCUAAGCGCUUUGGCCUUUGAGCAUUGGGCAGUGUGUGUUGUGCAGGACUUGUGUGGUUUUAGUGUUCCCACAAAGGGACGGAUCUCGAACGAGUCUCUGUCGUUGGAUAGUGUUGCCAUGCUAAUUACCAACAGCGUGGGAGGGUUGGAAUCCAUGUACGCCCUGGCACCUCUUGUGAUUGAUACUACCCUAUAUUAA